GUCGUACCAUGUUUACUAACUGGAGAUAAGAAGUGAUUUAUUAUACCAGGGUUACACUCUACCAUUACUUGACAGUGUCUGACUUGAAACCAUUUACAAUGAUGUAAGGCUGGUUUACAGAGAGCAUCAGAGAUGUCGACUUACACAGACAGGGAAGAAACAUUGCUUCGAGGUUACAUUCCACUAGAUGGAGAGUACUUGAAUAAGCUGAACAAUGACGAAGAGGUCACAGAGAUUAACUUUGCAGGAAAUGGUUACCUUAAUGAUGGUAUUCUGCACAUGUUGAAAAGGAAACUGGCAGAAAAGCCGGAAAGAUGCAAGAAUCUGAAGAAGAUCAAUCUGGUUGGAUGUAACCUCAUCACUGAUUAUGGGAUACGAUGUUUGGAAAAAAUCCUUAGAGAAUCAUCACAGCUUGUUGAAGUCAACCUUGAUGGAUGUGAGCGGUUAACAGACAACACGGCGGCCAUGUUGAUUGACAUUCACAUGACUCAGCCCACGAUGAUCGGCCACAUGUGUGGCACCGAUAUCAACUAUCUUGCCAGUUCCAGCGUCCAUCUGAAGGCACAAGGACGUCCCAGUAUCGGGAGCACUGCUAAGGAUGAUAGCAGUCUUCUGGGACAUGUGUUGGUGGUACCGGAUCCGAAUCUCAAGGAGAGUUUUGCAGAGUUUCUAGACUCUUCAACCACUGUAGAAAGGAAAGGCUUCACUGUUCACAGGACAAGUCUCAAAGUUGACAACUGGACAUUGGCAGUCACUGAGACAACAAAUGCUAGUCGACUGUUUGAACCAAUCAUAUCGCAUGGACUGAGUCAGGUGAUAAUUCCGUUCAAUGCAUCCUCAGAACCGAAGGAAAUAAAGCACCAUGUUAUGAUGACGAUUUCUCAAGUUGUAGCAAAGGAGCCAGCAUGGCACGGCCAUAAAGAUUCAAAAAUAAACUUGGCAAAGGUCUCGGAACGGCCAUUUCUCCAGACUCAUGUGCAACCAUUGUUGACGAUGAAACAACAAGAUGACGGAACAAUGUUCCUCAGAAAUAUUUCUGCAUCUUCAACGUCCCAGAUGGGUGUAUGGGUAUCCAAAGGUAGACUUACUCGUUCCAACCCGUAUUUUGAGUUAUUUGCUGAGGCAAUGCCGGAGAGAUGCGGACUUCUUGUUGGCUGUUUGCUAGAUCUACUUUACAGUGAUCAGAAUCCUAUGGAUUCAAGCAGCGAUUACGGUGGAUAUGUUGAUGGAAUUGAGCUUAAAGAGGAUACAACUGUCGGAUUUGGAGUGGAAGGUGAUUGGUUGUCGGAAUAUGUCCCUGAUGGAAAUGCCAAGUUUUUCUACAUUGUAAAUGGUGAAAAGAGGGCCGGUCAAAUGGAAGCGGAAAUGAGUGAAAUGAGUGAAAAGAUAACUCCAUGUGGCUCAAUGUACCCAAUCAUCUCGAUACUUGGCGAGGUGGAGGGAAAUGUAUCAAUGCCACCAUUGGUACAGAGACCAAAGGAAGAGGUACAAAAAUUGGCAGCCUCUGACAAGUAUGAACACUGGAUUGAAAAGGGAUUUACACAAAACUGUUUGGUAGAUAGUCAUGGCAAAAUGAUGUACAUCCCUUCCUACAACAAUCCAAAGAGUCAAGGGAUAUUCAUAGGGAGAACACCAAUUGAGGCUUCUGGCAGUUUUGCAGUUGAAAUUGACAAACUUGUGUAUGCGCCAUCUACAGACGCUACAAAUAGUUCAGACAACUUUUUAUUAGAAGUUGGAUGCGCAACAGAGACGUUUAAAAAGAAGCCAGGAUCUAGCUACGUUAUGGCCAUUGAUGUAAACUACAAAACAAAGACAUCACAGAAAGCGUUUAGAACCAACAAGGUGGAACUAUCAAAUAAAACAGAAGGUCCUGCCACUGUUGGUUUGCUAGAAAAAGGUGACAUCAUUGGAGUAGAAUGGGAGAAAAAGGAAGAAAAAACAUAUGAUUUUACAUUCAAAUACUGUGAAAAAGUGGUCUACAAAGAAACCGUCAUAUUUGAAAAACAAGGGAGUAUAAUGCCGUGGGUUGGAAUAAAUAUUCCCCCGUAUAAAGGAGAAGAUGUGUUCAUCGUAAAAUUAUUGAACCUCCUGCCGGAAUACAGACCACCAGUGCCGAAAAGAAAUGCUAUCACCUUGGGUCGAGCUCAUUUUGCCAAUGUUAUGGAUGAUGGAAUAGUGGAAUUCAAACCAAACGUUAGCAAGGAGAAAUCGAUGGGUGAUUUGUACGGGCAUUUUAUCAGCAAAACACCGUUCAAUAAAGAAAUGCUGAAAUUCACUGUGGAGAUGAAGGAUAUGUCAAAUACGGGAGCAUUGUUUGGCAUAGGAGUUUCUGAGCCCGAUGUAAGCAUUACGGGUUUGUUCAUGGGUUGGAAGCCAGGAACCCUCGCCUACCAUGCGGACAACGGACAAAUCUACGACAAUCUUGGCUCAGGAAGUAACAACUACCAGAAACAAGAUGAUGAAUUUGACUAUAAUAUUCAUGGGGGUGAUACAUUGAUAGUGGAGAUCAUGCCAGACACGAGAACCGACACGAAUAUGCAGCUUAUUUUUGACGAGUUUGGAACAUUGGAUUCGCAUCAGACUGUCAUGGUUCAUUUCUACAAGAAUGCCGUUCUGGCUCAUGCGGUUCCCCACUACAUUGCCGGGGACGGACUGUAUCCGGCAUUUUCUAUGAAAUGGGCGACAGUGAAAAUCCAUGGAUUCUAUUCUGAAACUAACGACCUUUGGGAAAUGGUCCUCAGUUCAACAAAAACAGAGGAAACACAUAAGGCGAAAGAAAAGAAAAAAGAAAAAGAAAGAAGCUUCAAAGGAACAGAGUUCUUGCUGGUUGGAGUCGCCACUGGCAACUCGGAUGCGGAGGGAAAAGUUGACCUACUUAAGCAACAACUUGAUUUUGAAAAUUGGCCUCAGCUGAACAAUGUCAUCAAUGCAAUCUCUGAAAUGGAAAGGGACAUUCUUGGAAUGGACCUCGAAGACCAACAAGUUUAUGGAAGACUGUGCAAUGCUCGUGAUAACCUUGCAAACUUUGUAAAACACAGGAAAAAGAGGAUGAGGUUCAUUUCUGGCGGAACUGAUCCAAAGUUGAGAGAAAGGGUACUUCAAGAAAUAGUGACCAAUCAGAAACGACUUCUUGAUUUUCAACCACUCACAGCAGAGUUUACAACUAGCUAUGUCCUGGCAGGGGAGACGAUUAUGAAAAACUUGUCUUCUUUGAAGAUUAUCCCCCUUUCAGAGAUUUUUUCAGCAAUUGAUUUUCCAGAGAAGUUGAGCCAACUUUUUGAUUCUGACAACAGUGUCUUGGCAGUAUUGAAACAUCUUCAGUCCAAGGGGCAACUGCUACUAUUAGAAAAUGGUCAAGAAACUAUGAUUGUGAGUAUCGAAUACUUCGCCUUGUUAGAGGAACGUGUGGACCAACUUUUACCCGCGUCACUUAAGACCGAGAAAACUGUGGUACCGGCUAUCGGGAAAGCGAGUCACGUUUGGACCCAGGCUGCCAUUGACAGUAAACUUCUAACAGAGAUUGAGGCAAGAGUAAAGAAACAACCCUUAGUCCCAUUUCUCCAGCACAGUUUGGGCCUCGUAUCAUUGCCGUGUUUACGAACCAGACCAGAGGAUGAACAGUGCAUCAUGACGACCCUGGAGAAUAUCGGAAGUCCUGCUGUCUCGAUGGACAAGUUUUGGAGCCCUGACAAGGACAUGUCAGAGUUUGUUGUUAUGAAACAAACAUAUACAUUUCCGCUGUCGAGUCCCAGAAGAGUUUUGCCUAUUUUAAUUGCCGGAACCACCAAGUACGGCCGUGUGAUCAUAUUGACCCCAGAGGGCGUAGUUUACCAGAACGGGGCUGUCCAAACAGUGAUAAUUAAACAUCAAAGUUCAGAUCAAACUGAGAUCAUUGUUGAAUCCAGCUGCUUUAUGCCUUCUCUCGAAAACAUCGAAACAUCUCUCAUGUCAAAAGAGACUCCUGCAUAUGUGCGCGAUUACACUUUCCACGUGUUUUCCAUAUAUGUGGAUGUCAUAAUGGAUAUUCUGUUCCGACUGAAUAUCCCCAUGGCAAUACAGAAGUUUUAUCCUGAUACAAUGGUGAAAACCUCUGUUGGCUGUAAGCACAUUUGGACCCAGAGAUCAGAUACGGAAAUCUCCCAAUCUGUGUGUACAAUGUGUAAUAUGUGUUGUGACAAGGGAGAAAACUGUGUCUUUAACGGCAUCAUGGGAGAGCACCUGCGCCAUUGCCCAUGUGACACGAAGGUUAUUGGUUGCCAUGAUUGUGGAAUCUGCAGAAGCUGUGCUGAUGAACUUUGGUCCUUGAAAACCAGACUUCGACCACAUGGCACCAUGUUGACUGCUUUACACCAAACCAUCGACGAGAAAACAAAAAAACUUACAGAAGACAAAAGCAAAGUCGCAGUACGGGUCCUGCGUGAUCCUGUCAACCAGCCCGUUCUUCCGUUAGACCCGCACGUAUACAACCAGGUGGAAUUUGUAAACCUGAACUCGGACAAUAAAUUCCUCUGUCUAAAAGAGGAGUCUGAUGGUUCAAUAACAAAAGUGUACCCAGGGGAUGCUGCUCUUGUCAAGCAAUUGGAAGAUUUAACUACCAUGACGUCAGCCGACAAGAAGAACAUGCUGAAAAAUGGGGACCAUAUCCGAGUGAAGAUCACAGAUCCUCUAGGCUGUAGUUUGUAUAAGGAGAAAGAUGACAAUACUGCGGCAACGAAGCUGCAGAUUGAUCCCGUGUACUUUGGCAAAGGUCGUGAGGUCAAGGUCAUUCAUGAAACAGGAAUAGUAGUUUAUGACUCAGCCUCCACAGCUGUGCCUGUCGGACAGUUCAUCAGUUGUAUGAAAAUGGACAAGGAUCACGACACCUUUAAAAUAAAGGUCAUAUCGACGGGGAAAUCAGGCACAAUCUCCAUGGGUCUAGCGCCAUCAGACUACCCACCUAAUCGACAGUGUGGAUGGAACACCAAGUCAAUUGGGUACCACGCGGAUGACGGAGGAAUAUUCCUGGAGUCAGGCUAUCCAACGAGAAAGACGCAGGCUUGUGCAGUUGGUGACAUCAUGGAGCUCUACAUCGACUUCUCUAAAGACAAGGGCUUCUUCCGCAAGAACGGAGAGAAAAUGAUCGAGCUGAACCUGAAUCCAAACAAGCUGGCAUACUAUCCAAUGAUCGGGAUGCAUUCUGUCGGAGAGGCGGUGCAGAUUAUGGACAAAUCACUCUGGGAAAUGAAAGAUGCAGAAGCUGAUAAAACCUUCCACCCACCAGCAUUUCCAACAUUCAAAUAUGGAAAUUUGUGGAUAAGUCCGGGAGAUCAAGUGACCCUUACCAAGAUGUCAGGCGGGUUCACAGGAUGGGUUACUCUGAACAACCCAAGCAAAGACCCAGUAGGAUUCAAGAUAACACUGGGAGACCUCACAACAAAGAGUGUUUAUGGCGUUAUUGAGGCAAAGAAAGACUUUGUUCACUGGUUUCAGGAGUCUUUAGCUGCAGACAAUAUGCCAGCGCUGGCUUCUGUUGAAUGGACUUCUCUAGAGUCUGGUCGGAAUUACGAAACCGAAGAAAUGAAAAAAAUAUUUGGUGAAACAAUGCAAAAAUUUAAUGCCCUCAGCCACACACACAAGUUACCAGUGGUCACAAGGAUUUCAGCAUCAACAAAAGUGGAAUCACUGCAGAAGAAAAUUGAUUCAACACCAAGCGGCCCAGGGCAAUCUCAGAAUGUGCUCGUUUUGUCGAUUUAUAAGAACCACAGGCUCCUGACAGAAUACUGGCUGAAGAAUGGCAACUACCAAGUGUCUGUGGAAUCGAAAAACAAGAACUCAAAGUUCAUUUUGAAAUAUCCAAAAUGUCCGACGUUUGCAUACCCAAAGGCCUUUCAGAAAGGGAUGAAGCUGUUUGUUUGCCUCGAAAAGGGAAAGAAGUUUGCCGAGUGUGUCAUUGUGGACACGUAUCCAGGAGGAAAAAACCUUGCUCUUGAGUACUCUCCGAAAGAUGCAGCGGCGCUGAACACGACGGUGUGUAUGAUGACGAAUUCACACGCCUUCAAGUUUGCUGCUGACGAGUUCAAUGAAAACGAGGCAGUCGUUCUGAAUUAUGAAGCAAGAAACACCCCAGCCAAUCUUGUGGAAACCUUUGUCCAUGCACCUCAUUAUUUGCUCUCAGAGGGAUCCAGGAAGGUUCGAGAUUACCUGCACCCUGAAUGGAAGGCCAGUGUGCUGCAAUCUGUGAUGAACUGCACUCAACAGUUAACCAGAUAUACAGUUCAAGAGAGGCAUAUCACCCAGGUGUCCAGGAACAUUUAUGACUGGGACCCCUCUGAGUGGAAUGCACUGUUCACCUUCCUUCCCAGGCAUCUUACCGAAGUGACCUUGACAUUUCCUGUUGCCAUGGAGAUGUUCAAAGAUAUUGGUGUUCACAGGCUAUGCUAUUUUGGACAAAUACUAUCGGAAAAUGUUCAGACACUGGAGACGUAUGGAGCCAAUGAAGACUCGUUCAUCACCUUCCGACACCCCGCCCACUUUGUCGACAUCGAGGGUAUUGUCCCUUCCAGUGACAUACAAUUUGACUACUUGUUCGCUGAUGCCAAAAGCGCCUACGCUUAUGUCGCAUUGAUCACUUCCAGGUUGCUGUUACCAUCAUACAAGAACAUUCUAGUGACGGAAGAAAACGAGAAAGAAUUCACGCGGGAACAAAUAGAAACCCUGCUACACAGAAUGCUGCAGAGCUACGCGUCCCUGUGUGGUAUUUAUAGCACAACGUGGGGCGGAAUUCAGUGCACGAAGGACAGUGGCGAAAAAAAAAUCAAAUACUCUGUUCAGCAUGCAGACGGAAAGAUCGUCAAACGUCUCAGCGACAUGAAAGCUGAUCAUGAAAGCGCAAAGUCAGAGUUGAGCGAACAAUCCUUGGUAAAGGCUAUUGACUCUUUUGUAUGCAAGGCACAUUAUUAUAGCCAUUCCAAAGAAAUGACAGAUCAUAUGAUAAGCCUUGAUUACGAAGACUUCACUCCAUAUGCAGAGUUUGUGACGGAUUUCCACUGGGUUCAUUCGAGCCUUGAAACGAUUCCUGACGACUUCUUUGAGAAAUUUCCACAGCUGGAAAAAUUCAAACUCGGGCAUCUGUGGGAAAGAAUGCCUAAGAUAGUUAAGCUACCGGGUGGUGUCAACAAAGCAAAAAAGUUAAGACUGAUUGAGCUCACCAACUUGGAGAUAGAAAGUCUACCGGAGGACAUUUUCAUGAGUGAGUCAGUCAUGUGGAUAACCGUAGUGGGUUGUCCAGUCAAGGAGCUUCCAAACAGUUGGCCUGAAAGUAGUCCGUUGAAGGUACUUGUACUACAAGGACUCAAGCUAACGAGCCUACCCGAACAAAUCAGCCACCUGAACAACCUUCGGGAGCUAGAACUAUGUUACAACCAACUUUCCUCUCUCCCAGACAGCCUGGCAGAACUGAAGAACCUCACCAUGCUGAAACUGAUUGGUGUGCCAUGGUUGAAACUGGAGAUGAAGAAACCACAAAUGACCCUGGAGAAAUACCAGUCCUUCUGGAAAAAUCAUCCCUCCUUUGUGUCUACUGUUGGUGAAGAUGCCAUUAUGAAGCUGUUUGAGAAACAUGACUAUAAUCGCAAUGGCAGCCUUGACGAGGAAGAGCUAGGAGGAGUAAACAAGGACCUGUUCUUCAUGGUGCCCAGGAUAGGGAUGUCUGAUAUCAAUGAUGAAGUGUGCGGAGGAAUUCCCCCAGUGAUAUUUAAUAUGAAGAACCUUCGGGAGUUGUACCUUAACUUCAACGCCAUCAACAUGGUUCCUGCAGCUAUAAAUAACCUGCAGAAUCUUAUCACACUCAGCCUCUCCGACAACCCACUUUUGGAAUCGUUGCCUGGACUGCUUGGUCAUUUGCCUAAUAUCACCUCCAUCAAUAUCCAGAGCUGCCCACAGAUACGAACACCUCCGACGGAAAUUGUCUCACGAGGGUUUGAAUCUGUGAAAGCGUAUCUGAAACGUCUAGCAGGAGGGUUCACUGAAUGUCGCAGAACUAAGCUGAUGGUCGUAGGUCUUGGAGGUGCUGGAAAAACCAGUCUAAUUCGGGCACUGAUGGCAACAGACAAAAAGACAUCGGGAACUGAGAAAGAAACCCCAACAGAUGGAAUCGACAUAAAACCGUGGACAGUUGCCAGCGAAGAUGGUAGGGAAGUCACAUACAGCACUUGGGAUUUCGCAGGACAAGCUGUGUACUAUAACACACAUCAGUUUUUCCUGUCGAAGCGUGCCGUGUACCUGCUACUAUGGAGUAUGAGACAGGGUUACGAGCACGCAGGUCUUGAUUUCUGGCUCAGCUCCAUCUGCUGUCACGCUCCGGGAACUCCAAUUAUUGUGGUUGGAACACAAUGUGAUUUGAUCCCUAAAGCUGAAAUCCCGAUUAAAGAGCUACUGGAGCGAUAUCCCCAGAUUGCUAGCUUUCACCGGGUCAGCUCAAUCACAGGAGAGGGUAUCAAAGAUCUGCAGGACAGUUUGCUGGAUGUCACUCUACAGCAGGGCUACAUGGGCGAGAAAAUACCGCAAGUCUGGCUAAACUUUGAGAAGAGAAUACUCGCAGAAAGACUGACAAAGGUUAAUUACAUCAAAUGGGAGGUUGCGAAGGAGUAUGCAAUGGUACAGGGAAUAUAUGACGAGCGUGACGUUCGCAUGGCAGUCCAGCUGCUGCACGAUCUCGGGACCGUCCAAUACUUCGACAACGAUUUCCUCAGAGACUAUGUGGUCAUCAAUCCACAAUGGAUCGUAGAUGUAAUGGCAUGUGUGGUAUCAGCUCAGAGCUCCCCUAUUCAGAAAAACCAUGGCAGGUUUCUUCACUCUGAUAUUACGACUGUUUGGGAACAAUAUGACCCCAAUUUACAUGAAUGGCUUCUGAGAUUGACAGAAGAUUUUGAUCUGACUUUCCCCCUCCCAACCGAGGCUGUGAAUAUUGUUCCCUGUCUCCUGUCUGGGGAACCCCCUGAUGAUCUUGAGUGGCCCAGGAAGAAAGAGGGAGUCAGAGAAACAAAGAUGGUGUACAGGUUUACCUACCUUCCAUCAGGACUCUUCAACAGAGCUCAGGUGCGACUGUUCCAGCUGUCAGAUGGCAAGAAGGUAUGGAAGAAAGGGUCGCUACUGGUAAAGAACAAGCACAGUGCUCUCAUAAAACAGACGGACAACAAAGAGCUAGUGGUAUUAGUCCAGGGUCCACGUCCAGAGAACAUCCUGUUCCUUAUUCAUGAGGUGUUUGAAAGUAUCAUCGAGGAAUCAUUCAAUGGCGUAUCUUAUGAGCUGUACCUGCCCUGCCCAGACUGUGUAGAAAAAGAGGGAACCACCGACCCAGACCUGUUGUGUUCCAAGCUGAUCCAGAGAGCCAAGGACCACAAAGCUCCAUUCAUUCAGUGUUAUAAAUACUUCCACUGGAUUUCCAUGGCCCAGUUACAAGAAAAAAUGCCGACAGACAGCCGUGAGGUCGCAGAUUUUGACUUUCAGCUACAACAGAGUAUUGUGGCCUUACAGGAGCUGAAUAAUGAACUAGUGGUGGAUUGCGCCAUCAUUUAUGCUGUCUUGGACAUUCCGGGACCCAACGAUAGCGAUGCGAUUUCCCCAUUCCAAAUUCGUGAUGAUAUUAUUGGCUGGGGUCACACCUGUUGGAUGGCAGAAAAUGUCAAUGAGGUCAGCACAGUGGAUUUGACGGCAGCCAUUAAAAACUGCAAAAUCCUCAUAGCGCUUGUUUCUGAUAGUUUUGAACGAGACCCUAAGUGUAACAACUUACUGGUUUACGCUCGCGAGAUACUGAACAAAGAGACAAUUAUAAUUGUUAUCGGAAACUCAAUGGAAUGGCAGAACAAGGACUUGGGAAUGAAAAUUGGACAACAGGAGAGAAAGCUCAUGGUGAAGACAAAAUCCCGUUAUGAAGUUGCUGGCGGAAGACGCGAUGAACUAAAAGAAUGGCUUGCAGAGAAAAUGCAGAUGAUGAAAGAUAAGGAACUAUCCCUUCCUGAGGUGUUUAUCAGUUAUUGUUGGAGUAAUUCCCGCCAGGCACAGGAGAAAUCCAUGCGGAUCAAAGAGGAGGCUUUAGGACACGGGGAUCCGCGGGAUAUUAAAAAUCAGCUGGAACGAGAUGGAAAUCUUCACUGCUGGAUUGAUACAGAAUAUGUUGGGAAGGAAAAGAAAGGAAUAUUUGCUGAUAUGGCGGCUGGGAUUCGGAACAGCAAAGUAAUUCUGGCUUUCAUAUCAGAUGAGUACUCCGAGUCUGACAACUGUAUGAUGGAGCUUAGAUUUGGAAUCUUGAAUAUCGGUCUGCCAGUGAUAGCAGUUAUUGUUGGCACAGGCAAUCAAUGGAAAGAAACUGAGGUUGCAAUGCUUUUGCGACGAGCCAAGGCCACAGAGGUGUAUAUGCAAAAGGAUAACCCUGAGGGUGUGAAUGUUAUCAUAAAACACCUAAAAGAAGCACUCAAGACUCAAGCCUUGAAGGCAAAAAAACCUGCCGCAAAGAAAGACAUGAAGAAAGACGGGGAGACAGAGAAAAAAAAGAAAGAGGGGAACUCCCAUGUAGCUUAUCAGGAAGAAGUUGAGUUAAUCCAGCGGAAGUUUAUGCGACACAUAAUAGGCUCUGUAACAGCAAUGGACCAGACUGCACUGCCUAGGCUUGUGGUCGUGGACUUUGUCAAGGCAGCAGCAGGUAAAACUACCAGGGCAGACGAAGGUCGUGAAAGUUCUAUGGGGACAUCAUCAUCCAUAGGUUCAUCAAUGAAGAGAUUGACAGUGCGAUCUAAGAAGUUUCUGAGGCCGAAGUCGGCAACAAAGUCCAGGGAUAGGCUUAAUAUUGAUGAGAGUGUAUUUGAAGAUGGAGACAUGGAGGACUGGUCCAAGGAAAGCUUCUGUAUCAAGGUCCUGUGUGAACAUGAACAGGGCUGGCAUUUCUGCCAAGAGAUGUACCCACUAGCAUUCAGGAACCGUGAACAACUGGAAACAUUCCUACAGGGGGCAGCACCCUAUCUCUUCCGAAUCUACACAAUCUUGAAACAGAGUCCACUUAAACUUAAAUGUUUCUCUGGAGGAAAGGGAGAGGCAUUCUUGGACUGGAUUAGACUGGCCUCUGAAGAUAACCUGGACUUUGUUGGUGCCAUGACCCACCUGCGCUCUGAAUUGGACAAAGACGAUGCGGCCGAGUUUUGCAGUUGUCUUGCCAGGUGCCGAUUACCGAGUGGAAAAAUCGUGUGGCUGUGCAAGGAGCACCAGGGCAUGCAACGUGUAUCCAAGCUGAGCAUGGGAACCAGUGGCAGCUCGUACAGCAAGAUCACCGUUCUAUACCCAGAGGACAAAUUCAUGUCAGAAAACAUCCUCGAAUCCAAGAAAUACAAGAAUCUCAAGGGGAAGAAAUCUGAUAAGGUACCCUCUGCUCUCCCCAAGCCGGUACCCUUACCCGAGUAUGUGGGGCCUGAUCCCGAGACCCUAGAGACUGUUGGAAGGGCGAGCCCCAGGCCUAGUGACAGGAAAGAAAAGAAAGACAAGUCUAACUCCCCAGUUCCCCCAUCCAAUCAUAAAGGAGACAAAACAACCAAUCAAAAGGAAGAAAAAAAUAAAACGGUCAAUCAGCUGCCUCCAAGACCUCCCUCAGCCAAUAAGAAAUCCUCAAGGCCAUCUUCAGCCAAUAAAAAAGCUCUAAGUGACCCACCCACCCCAGGCUCAUCCAAUCAGGAUCCUUACAAGAAAUCUGAAGAUAGUAAAGGAAAACCGUCAUUCAAAGCAGUGGGAAGAACAGCAGAGCUGGUUACUUCACCUAAAAAGGGAAAUCCCAAGAGCAAGGCUUGUUCACUUAUGUGAAUCUUAAAAUAUGGACAUGCCCCAUUUUGUUUGUAUCAAGCAAAAUAAGGAACCCUUUUCAGCAAAACUUCAUGAAAAUUGAUGAACAAUUUGCUUAGAAAUUUAAUUUAUUUAUACAAGACAAUGAUCAUUCAUUUAUAGGUAGUUAUAUGUAUGUGCUCACUAAUUGAAUGGAAAAUGUAUUAUAGUUAAUGCGUGAAAAUAGUUUUUCGAAAUUCGAAAUAUUUUUUGUUUCCGUAAUUUUACACACAUUUUGGAAUGUGUUGUUACUGUGAUGUUUGAAGUGCAGGAUUAUACACUUUAAACAUUUUAUGUGAUUAAGUCAUAUUGAUGAUAUUAUUAUUUGCCAUUUCAAUUACAUAUACUAACAAUGCAAUAUUUGUAGACAUUUUGACGUUACUUUGCUUUGUUGAACUUGGUUUUUGUAUCUGUUUUGUUAUACUCGGUACAUUUAUAUAAUAUGUGUGAUUUUACAUAUAAAUGAAUGUUGUAGAUUUAACGAACACCCUUACUCAAUUAUAGUAUUACAAGUCAAACUUAAACAACCUUAACUUUUACAAUUUAACUUAAAAAGUUAUGUUUAAGCCAUCCAUCAGCUUUUCAUAUGUGAAGUGUUUGCCUUGCAUAUUCAGCCAAUCAGGGACAUCUGAUUUUUAAAAUGUUUAGUUUCUUUAUUUGAAUUAUUACUUACUGGUGAAGACAACUCUUCAUGAUUAUGUAAAUUGCUUUAACCGUGCAUGCGCAUAUAGCCACACCUACUGUUUUCAUAAGGCGAAAUUUCAGUGUCAACGCUGAUUUAAAUGACAUCAUUCUAUCUUGCAGUGAUUGACAGGUCUUUCUGACAGGCACACGGCUAUAUUAUAAAGCUAAUGCAAUGAGGAUGGGGCUAACACUAAGUCGGUCAGAAUUUAUUAAGUAAUUUCUUCGUGAAUAAGAAACGGUGACUGGCGCUGUGCUGUUACCGCUCCCUCAUUAGGUUACUCAUUCAUGAAGAAAUUACUUAAUAAACUCCAUCAUAUACAUGGAGAAAUAAGAUAUCUAAUUAUUAUUCGCGAAUUAUCAUUUUAAAUAGUAGCGUCAUUAUUGUGUUUUUUCAAAAAUGUAUUCCAUGCAAAAAUAAAAUAGUGGGUAAUCAAUAUAAAUAAAACAUAAGACACAUCGUUAACACAUUCUUUGCAUCCUUAUGAUAGAUGGCUUACCCUAACCUGAAAAUGUGAAUUAUUUUUUGUUUUAAUUAUUCCUGUAUAGUUUUCAUAAAGAUCUGUGAUAGUAUUAACAUUUUCAACAGGGUAUAAAAAUCAAAUUUGCUAUCAAUUUACCGGUACCUCUAAUUUACAUGACUGUAAUAUCUUCAUAUCCAUAUUGUACGUUAUGCUCAUUGGUUUGUUAUAUUUUCAUGAAUGUUCAUGAAGAUGUUCACUUGAACCCGCAAUAAUGAUGUGAAUAUUCAUAUUCUUUAAUUUAACCUUCUUGAUAUAAAUGAAUGUUUGGCAAUCAAUGGGCUGAUUGUUCAGAACUCAGUUAAAGGUCAACGAGGUUGUUAUCGUCAUCAUUCGUCAUCAUUCUUAAAUUUCAAAUAUUGACUGCUCUGGAAGUUGAAUGGAUAAACCCAUGAUCUGCAGUACUUCUAACAAGAUUGGAGACAACGGUUUCAGAUGUAUUGGUUUUUUGUUAAAAAAUAAUCAGCACAUCAUCAAAUAUUUCUUGUUUUAGAGUUAACAACAAUCUUGUUAAUCAUGUUGUUAACUUUAACAAAGUUCUGAACAAUUGGCUCAAUGGAUAUACAAUUGUGAUACUCGGGUUUUAUCCUGGUCAAAUAUCCUCAGUAAUAAUGUGAUAUAUUUUUUAUCAAUUUACAUUUACUCAGCUUACGUUAAUUUGUUUAUUAAGUGUUGAUUUUGACCAAAUGCCGUCUAAACAAUGUUUACACUGGUGUUUAUACCAGUAGCUUUGCACAAUUUUAAAGCUUUUUUUUGCAAAUUUGAUUUGAAUAAAGUUACUGUGUUAAGAACAUGAAAUAAUAUAUGUAUAUUUCGUAA